AUUACUUCCUUCCUAUGCUCUCGAUCCGUCUAUCGAUAAACCCUAAACCCUACAAUCUUUCUUCAUCAGCUUCUCUCUAGAUAGGGGCACGCAUACGUGAGAAAGUCGAUGUUAUAAUCCAAUAGAUGGGAAUCGACGAGUUUCAGUAAGCUUGGAUUAAAGAACCCCCUAAAUUAGGAACGCCAACGGAGAAGAAGAGAAAACAGAUAUAUUUAUACCCAACAAGACAAAAUGGGAAUCGACAAGAAGCGGAAGAAGAUAACCCAAGAGCUAGAAACUCAAGAACCGAUAACUUCUGAUCCAGCUGAAAAUAUCGCAACCAACGAAAAUCUUAAGAACGGGAAUGAAGGGCCAGAUACCCUGCAUCCAAAUAAGAAGAAGAAGGGUAAAGUGAAAGGGAAAGAGAAAGAAAUUGCUAUCUAUGGGAAUUAUCGACAUUACUACGGCUAUCGAAUUGGUCAAGGUUUAGAUGAAGACCCUAGGAUAAAGGUUAUGAAGAAGGAAUGGUUUGAAGGAAAGGAUUGUCUGGACAUUGGAUGCAAUGCUGGUUCAAUUACUAUUUCCAUUGCAAGAAAAUUCGAUUGUCGUAGCAUCCUUGGAAUUGACAUUGAUGAUGCUCUUGUGAAAGAUGCAUUCUGGAAUCUUAGAAGAAUUGUGAAUAUGAUUAAGCAAAAGAAUGCAGCUACUACUACUACUAAAGAUCUAUUUGAUAUAGUCUCUUUUCAGAAAGAGAAUUUUGUUCAAAGUGCUAAGUCACACGAGAACAAGAGCUAUCAUACCAUUCUUUGUUUGAGUGUGGCAAAAUGGAUACAUUUAAAUUGGGGUGAUGAAGGACUGAUAACAUUAUUCACGAAAGUCUGGAAUCUUCUAGAACCGGGUGGUAUCUUUAUUUUGGAACCUCAGCCAUGGUUAUCAUACUACAAAAACCGCCUUGUAUCCAAGACUACGCAAUCUAAUUAUCAUGGUAUUAAGAUUUGUCCAGAACAAUUUCAGGAAAUUCUCUUGGACAAGAUUGGAUUUAGAACGGUUGAGAACAUCAGUGCUGAUUUACCAAGUAGCAAGUCUGGUUUUAACAGGCCAAUUUUAGCAUUCACCAAAUAGAUGCAGUUUUGCCAUAGAACUUGGAUAUAAAGUAGCAAAUUCGCCUUUGGCCUGCUUGAACCUGUUUUUGCGAACUCCAUGGAUCAACAGAAGCUUUUGUUUAGUUCGGUUUAUACUUUUAUCUAAGUCGUGGAGGUUGGUUAUUCAUGAACUUUAGAUUU